AUCAAUCUAGAACACAAAAUCCACAAGUCAUAUUCUCGCAUAAUGUCCUAGGUAAAGGGGAGCAGACGGUCAAGCUAUCAUAAUGGAUGCCGAUACCAUCGUAUCAUCCCUGAAGUUCGGCGGCAUAAGUGGAUGUACCGGUCUCCUUUACGGUGGGACUUCAGGUAUCUUACGCGCAACGAAACAUCCAAUUGUGCAUACAGUCGCACAUGGAAUUCAUUUCGGUCUAUGGGGGACUUCAUUUUGGUUUAUAAGAAGCAAUAUUUUGCACUUUCACUAUCAAGAUGAUGCCACGCGACAACAGCGGAAGUAUGUCAGUGCUAUAUCUGGAGGCCUUUCGGGGGGUAUAGUUGGUAGAUUAAUAGGCGCAAAAUUCACACCCGGCUUCGUCGUAUUUUCUUUACUAGGCUAUCUAGGCCAAUCAGGCUGGAAUAUAGCCGAAAGAUGGCAUCAAGAAAACGAGGGGAAAGAAGCUUCAAAACCAAAAUCCAUCCUGGAAAGAAUGGCGGAAUCCAAAUGGAUUCCGUUACGUGCACUUUCGGAUGACGACUUUAGGAAUAUUUUGAAAGAAAAAGUCCUCAGUAUUGAGGUUGAGAUUGCGUUGUUGGAUGAGAAGAUCAAGAGUUUGGAGGAUGAGCGUGCAGCUGCUUCUUUGAAGGAAUCGCAAAAUGCGAAGGAUGAAGGCCAGAAGAAUUGACCUCGCUUCGUCUCAUCUUGUUCAUGGAAGAAUUUAUUUUCGUUGUAUAUAUUGUGGCUUGUAUUAUAUUUACAUA